AUGGAGGAAAACAAGGAACUUAUGAACGAUGUUGAUCUGCAUGUUCUUCAUGUUUCAGUCUCUCCAUCCUCAUCAUCAUCAUCAUCAUCAUCCUCACAGACUGAGAUCAAUUCUCCUGUGGUGAUUGGGUUCAGUUAUGAGGGUCUUCAUCUGUUGUGGGUGAAUCAGGCUGGUGUUGAUCUGAAGACAGACUCCAGAUAUCAGAUAUUAUUCUCAUCAGAUCACUGUAUCAUCACUCUGACUACAACACUCCUGAAUGAAGAUGACAACAGAGAGUGGAGAUGUCAGCUUACUCUCAGAAAUCAACUCCAGACCUCAGUCAGAUACACUGUCAAGUAUUCAGUUGUACCAUCAACUACAGCAUCAACACUGACUCCAACCUCUCCAGUGAUUGUGAUUGUUGUCGCUUCAUUCGCUGUUCUCCUUCCUGCUCUUAUUCUCUGGAUGAUUCGCAGAAAAAGAGACGAUAACAGAAGAGGAACUGAUGACUCUGAGGAUCAUCAAACACGACCUGUCUAUCCAACAGGACAGAACACUCUUCCUCAACAGGAGCAGACAGAUGAUCAUGUGACUUAUUCUGAGGUCACUGCGUACAGUAAAAACCAAGACCAAAAGAAGAAGGUUCGCUGUGAUGAUAAAGUGACUUAUGCUUCCAUCAGAGGAGCAAAAGCUGGAUCUCAGGAAAACUGCAGUGAACUUUAUGCCUCUGUGAACAAGAACCAUCACAAAUCAGUCAAAUAAUGACACAAAAACCACAUGAGCAGAAGAAGAUGAAUCUAAUAGAACUGAGUCCUAAUGGUGUCAUUCAGUGCCAUUAUAAAUACUUUCAAUGUCUUUUACAUGUUCACAAACAAACCCAAGUGAUGCUCUGAUUUAUUUGUAGUUAUUGCUUAUUUUUCUCAGUUCAGCAUGUUUUUUGUAUAGUUUCUGUCUGCUUGUUGAUCAGUUAAUGCUAGUGUCUUUAUUAUUCAUUCAGAGCUGCAGGUUUGGACAAAGUCUAGAAAAUGACGACACUUUUACUCUCUUACAUCAUUCUCAUUAAAUGACAAAUAAAUGGUGAAAUUAUAACAGCAUUAGCAUUUUUUUAAAGC